AUGUUUGAGGAUUUUGAAUUUGAUAGCUCAAAUCCAUUGAAACGACUGAGGAAUGAGGAGCGAGGGUUAGAUAGUAUCCAAUCACGACCUCAAGCUCGAUUUGCCACGCAACUUGCCGAGAUAUAUUACAUAAGGGCCUCGAAACUUGAGGCUGAGAAGGAACGGAAACGGGGUAUAGAAGUUUACAGCUUGGAAGAUUUGUUGCCUUCUUUAGCCCAGCAAGUAGGUGCUACAGCUCAUUAUUAUCAGUUAAUUAAGGAGAAGUGCGUUCCGGUAUCAUUUGCUCGUUCUAACGUCCCUUUGGAGCCUCCUAAGCGAGCAUGUAUAGCAACCAUAUUGGCCAUACUGAUACAAGUAGUUGUUUUUGAGGAAUGUGGCGCCUAUAUAUCGAUUUCUACAUUUGAUAGAUGGUUUAACAGUUUUUCUCUUCAUGGGGGAAGUCCAAUCUCAAGAUGCUGGUUAGAUUCAAAGGCAUAUGUUGCCAAAUGUAUUGCACAGAAAAACCGGAUAACCGCAUUUGGUCAGGAGUGUAUUUGGAAUCAAUUUAAUAAAUUCAAAGAACUGCAUUCUCUUGGGGGGAGAGUUUCAUUAAUGAUUUUACGAAGUAUUGGCUAUAAAAAUAUGCAGAUGUAUCAGAAUGAAGGAUUGGAUUUUGAAUUAUUAUUCAAGGACGUCUGUAUGAAUGGACUUUAUAACGCAUACAGUUUUUCAAAGGAUACACUGUUAUGGCAUAUAUGGUAUAGGUCUUUUCUCCAACUAUUGUCUUAUAGAGUCAUUCCCAUACUGAGUGAGCGUGUGACUGCCGAGAAUUUGUUUAUGGAAGGUAUCAAGUGUAGCAGAUACCUUAUUUUGGAUUUAACUAGAAUAAUAAAUGGAGAUAAUACCAAUAUGGAGUCUGCGCUCUUGGUUACAGAGUUAUAUAUUCUUUGUGGUGGAACUUCUGGGGAAUUUGCUGCAAUUUGUUUAUUUGUAGCAUUAAAAUCUUCGCUUGGUUUGCAUUUUUCGGGAGAGCCUACAACGAGGGCCGGGGUAGAGCUUUCCGCUGAAGUUAUGUCAAAACUAUUUACUGAGCUUAUUCGGUUUUAUACUUUUCUUUCUCCUUCUACGCGUCAUUAUCACUUGCUGGAUAUAUGUCAGUCAUUAUGGCAGAGUUCAAGAAUCACACGUCAGACGGCAAUGCUUACACAGUCUUUUAUACCCCAACGGCAGAAACGAUUGCCUCUUGUUCAUCAAGAAGAUGUUUUUAAACAUUCAACUCGGACGGCAUGCGUUUUAGUUAAUGAGGGAACUGAAAUUCAGUCGAAACCUUUUUCGACUUGUCUUUUAGGUGGACUUCGGUCAGAGGAAAGACUUAAAAAAUUAGUGAAAUGCAUCCAAUUUCAAUGGAAAAAUAUACCUAUGAUUAGUGAUUUUUUUGGGGCCACCGAGAGAAAUUUUAAUGAUGACUCGGUUGUUAGUUCAUCUUCGUCUUGGAAGCCUAUUUCUAAAUUGGUUUGGGAAAAAAAUAUUACUACUUCUUGGUGUACAAUUGAGUUACCCGAAGAGUCUGAAGGAAAUCAAAGUUUUUUCGAGAAGUUUCUCAGGAAUGCGACUGAUUCUUUAGUAAAAAAAAGAGUUGAUAAUGCCAUGUCAUCAUUGAGCUGUAAAAAACAAAAUUGA